AUGAAGGAGCUUACUGAUAAAGACAAAGAAGAAUGUGGGAAUUUGAAGGCAAGGCUUUGGCUUUCCAUUGCCAAAAUAGUUGAAGAAGAAACUAAAGAAUUGAAUGUGGAGGCUACAAAACUAUUCACAGCGACAUUGGCUGAGUUGGUCUAUAACCAGCUAUUGGUUGUUGGGGACGAUUUAGAGUCCUUUGCUAAACAUGCCAAAAGGAAAACAAUACUUCCUGCUGAUAUGUAUAUGAUAACAAGAAAGAAUGAAGGAUUAACACAGAUUUUAAAAGAUUACGAAAAUGAAAUUAAGCAAAGUGAUGCCAAAACCAAUCUGAAUAUCAAUAAUACUAAUAUCAAUAACAGUGAAAUUAAUUCAAAUGUUCAGUCUAAUAUUUCAAACACUAAGAAUGAGGCAAACUUGAGUGUUCUUGAUGAUAUUGAUUUUAGUGAAAUCCAUGAUAGUGACGAAAUAGAAGAUGAUACCUUGGAUGAUAGCUUGGAUGAUAGCUUGAACGAGAAGCUUAAUCAGACUGCCAAUAGAACUACAAAAAGAUGA